AUGAUGCGCGAGCAGCAACAGUUCUUAGCACAAACUGCAGAGCUACAACAACAAAUGGCAGCGACGCUUCAGCAGCAGCAGCAACAAGUGCCAGCCCCACAACAGCAGCCUGUGGAUGCGGCGCCGGCUCCUGAUACAAGGGAGUAUCGUGCAGAGGGCAUCACAAUGCCCACGUUUUACGGCACGAAGGACGCCGACGUAGCGGACUACAUGUUCAGCGCGCGGCUGUACUUUGAGUCGAAGAAUAUCCAGUACGGUGACGAAGCUCCACAGCAACGGCCUUUGUCAUUGCUGGUGGCCAAUCUCAAAGUCCCCGCUGCUGCGUGGUACCGCGAUUUGAAGAGUAGCUGA